CAAUCUGUAUUUUGUACCACUCAAAAUUAGGGCAAAAACAGAGAAUUGUACCGUUGACAAUGAAGAUAUGGUGUGAUGUCUGUGGCAAAGAGGAGGCCUCCGUUUUCUGCUCCGCUGAUGAGGCUGCUCUCUGCCACUCCUGUGAUCGUCACGUCCAUUACGCAAACAAGCUAGCCGGAAAACACAUCCGGUUCUCUCUCCUCCACCCCACAUGCAAAGAAUCCCCUCUUUGUGAUAUUUGUCAGGAGAGACGAGCGUUUCUGUUUUGUCAGGAGGAUAGAGCGAUUCUGUGCAGAGAAUGCGACCUUCUGAUUCACAGAGCAAACGAACAUACCCAGAAACACAAUCGGUUUCUUCUCAGCGGAGUGAAGCUCUCCGCUUUAUCUUCCUCGUACCCACCUUCGUCAUCGUCCAAUACCGGGUACGAUGCCGAAGUAACGAACGCCCUUUCAUCUAUGAAGAGACCCCGUUCGGUUUCCACCGAAGCCUUCAGUUCUGCUUCAAUGGAGACGGUUUUGGCCCCAGCAAAUUACAGAAUCGACAAGAAUUACACGAGCGACACUGCUUCAGUUUCAACAAGCAGUUUCUCGAAGUACUUGAUGGAGACCAUACCAGGGUGGCACGUGGAGGACUUUCUUGAACCCUCUUCUACCCAAACAUCUAAGUAGAGAAAAACAUCUUUAUGAAUCAUCGAAAGAUGAAAUGCAAGUCCCUUUUUUUGGUACAGAUUUCUGACCCUUUUCACCAUUUCCGGAGCGUGAUUAUCGGAAGGUUUAGCAACCU